GUCAAAUAACAAUCUAUAAAGUCAGUUGCACUUGGAAAAUUAUUGAUUUUAUUUAUUAAUAUAUUCAGUAUCGUAAAUUAAGAGUGAGCAUUAACCGAGUCCAACAGAAAAACCGCUACAUUAUAUUCACUAAACAACAUAUCAAUGGAGAAGUCACCGCAAGAACUCGUAGAUCAAGAUCUACAAGAGGAAGGUCAAUUUGUUGUAGACGAUGUUAGUAAAAUAAUUAAAGAUGCUAUUGAAACUGUAAUUGGCGGAAACGGGUAUCAACAAAACAAGGUAAACAAUUGGACGACUGAAGUUGUUGAAUCCUGCACAGCUGAACUAACAAAACUUAUGAAGCCCUACAAGUACAUUGUAACCUGUACCAUAAUGCAGAAGAACGGAGCUGGUUUGCACACCGCAAGUUCUUGUUAUUGGGACAACAAUACUGAUGGAAGUUGUACUGUUCGUUGGGAGAAUAAAACAAUGUUCUGCAUAGUGUCAGUUUAUGGGCUUGCAAUAUAAUAUAAUCUGUGACUAGACCAUUAGAAAUGUUUGCCUUAUUAAUACAGUAUCAUUAUUAUUUAUAAAUUAAUUUUUAUUACUCUAGUUAUUAAUAUAAUACAAUAAGUCUGUGUUA